UGGUACAUUGUUGUUGUUUUGUAGUUAAUUUAGUACGAGGAUACACCGCCGCUCCGUCCGCCGCUGGACGCGUUAACACCAGCUGUGUCGAGUUACUUCACCGCUUGUAUUGGGAACCUACUCCACCAGUUCUUCGCAUUCCUGUCCGCGUCCACAGAGUGUAUCUUCUGUGAGAUUGUGGUCAGUCGUCUGCAUGCAGGGAAUGACGACUCAUUUCAAGACGAGUAAAGCUUUAAAGGUCAAGAAGGAGACGGGUGAGAAUGCCCCGGCGCUCAGUGAUGAUGAGUUGGUGGCCAUGUCUGUCCGGGAGCUCAACCAGCACCUGCGUGGGCUGACAAAAGAAGAUGUUGUGCGGUUGAAGCAGCGGCGACGGACCCUCAAAAACCGUGGCUACGCUGCUAGCUGUCGCAUCAAACGUGUUACUCAGAAGGAGGAGCUGGAGAGACAGAAGACAGAGCUGCAGCACGAGGUGGACAAGCUGGCCCAGGAGAAUGCCAGCAUGAGGUUGGAGCUGGAUGCUUUGCGGGCCAAGUACGAGGCCCUGCAGUGCUUUGCCAGGACAGUGACCCGAGGGCCAAUGUCUCCGGGCAAAGUGGCCACCACCAGCGUCAUCACCAUUGUCAAGUCCUCUAAUCACAACAACUCCAGCCCAACCCCAUUCUCAGCUCCUUCCUAGUGUUGACAGGACUGGGCUCCCCCGUCUCCUGCCUGGUCCUUCCUGGCUCUGACCUGGCCUGAACCCACUCAUCCUGUACUGAGAGGAUGCUCAGUAUUUUAUUAGACUGAGGGAAGGAGUGGGGUGGCAAGCUCUACGAUGUUAUGCUGCAUUCACAAUUCUGUCUCCCUCUUUCUGUCUCUUAUACAAUCUACAUUGUCUGUGCACUGUUCAACCCCCCUACCCCCAGCACCGGCAGGGUAUUGGGCCUCUGUGACCCUACCUUCAUGACUGGUAGCAGAGAUUUGUUUUUACUUCUAACAUGCUUUCAUGUGGCAGCACAAGGUCCAGCUCUGUUACUUAAUGUUGGAGAUAAAAAAAAAAAAGAGAGAGAUUUUAAGCAUGUGACAGUUAAUUGUAGAACUUUUGCCAAAUUAAGCCUUUGAUGCUGUUGUCUUAUACAGAUCUGUGUCUGGCGUGUCAUCGAACACACUGAGGUGUUAAAUUUCUCAGCUUUGAGGUCAGAUGGACGCCUCUUUAAAGCCACAUUUUCACUGCUCUCCAACCAGAUGCCCUUGAGUACCAGCUGAACAUAACACCAGAUGUUAUCACUAUCAUGCUCCUCUUCUCUUUAAGAAGGUGCUAAGCAGUAAAAUCGCAUCUUUUAGUGGUUGAUUAAAGUGGAAAUUAGUAAAAGUCUGGCUCUGUAUGGUAUAUCUGGAGACCACAGGAGCUGUGCAGUUUUUGCUGAGUACUAAAGAAUUUCAAUUAGCACUAGCACAAGAGUUAAAGACGUGUCUCACAUUUGCAGGUUAACCUCAUCAGGUACUGUAGAUCCAGUUAUUGGAUGCAUCUGCAAGUUGAAGUAGGACUCAAUUUUAGUUGAGAAACUGUUGAAUUAUUCAGUGGGGCCUUAAAAGUGUUGACGCUGUUAAAGACAUCGGAGGCUGUUCGGAAAGUGUUACGUGUAAUUCUGUUGGUAUGUUUGUUUGCAUCAUGUUUAACAGAUUUUAUUACUUACUAAUCCAACUGGGGACAACAAAAUGUACAUUUGGAAUGUGAGUGGAAGUGUAUUGAGCCAGAUUUCUUAUGGAGUAGUCUCAUUGUAUAGCACUUAUAACUGUAAAGCUACAGUAUAAAGUAAAGUAAUUCACAGGACAGCUUAUUUAUAGAACUGGAGGAGGAGACAGAAGCUUUUCUUUCUGUAGUUGCUGGGGCUUAAUUGCUUGAUGAUUAAAUGUGGUGUGACCAUUUACUGCAGGCUGAUUAAGCACGGAUGGUUAACUAUGAUAUGUGUAUACUGCAGCACUUAUUGGACGAUAUUUGGUGGGUAAUCCAUAUUGGAUAUAAUUGUAAUGAGAGUGGUCAUUUUAAAGUAGAAUGCAAUGCAACUUCCUGUAUAUUACAGAUCCCAGGUGACAAAGCCCAGUUUGCUCCUGUUGUCACUUAUGCUGAUGAACUCCGUCCAAAAAGAAAUCAUUCCUCCUGCUGGGUCACAAGAAGUGCUGCUGCCGGUGUUGGUAUUUCACAAACAGUAGUUAUUUACUUUGCUUUUGACACACUCUUUUACAAGAGAACUCCUGACACCUAUCUCUAGAAACGGUGGUGUCAUGCCAACUAAAUGCAGUAAACACCUUGCUCUUGUUGAACGUUUUGUUAUAUUUAAAAUCUGAAAUGAACUUGAAAUCAAGCUGUUCUUACAGGAUCCAUUCCUAAUUUGGAGUGAAGUCAAUAGAGAUUGUUCAUGUCAGGAUUUUCUCUUGGCUAAGAGGACAUGACUGUUCUUCCCCUGUUCCAUAGCUGCAAAGAACAGUAUGGGGAACUUUGCUGCUGUACAACCUGCUGUAAUGAAGCAGGGGCAUUGCUGUGUUCUUACUCUCAUUUUGUAUUUUCACCUGGUUUCUAUGUUGAUACGUCCUAUGUUCUUUUUCUGAUAGUAGUUUUAUACAGUCUGCAUAUACGGUAUAUAAAUUCUAAAUAUAUAUUACAUAUUUUUCUAUAUUUAUGUCUUUUAGUAUCCUGGGAGUGGUGUGAUUAUGUAAUCAGUCUUUGAAUUCUAAUGAUAUUGAUGGUGACCUUUUUUUCUGACAGAAGCUGUAUUCACAUUUACAAUGAGUCAUCUAUUUUCAGAACUUUUAAUUCCUCUGAGUAUUUAUAUCCCACCAGCAGUUCUGCUCCGCACAUUUCCUUAAAAAAAUUUAAAUGCACAACCGGAUUAUACAUUGACUGGGGUUACAUGCAGUCAAUUUAUCUGUUGCAGGGCAAAUGGAAAAAACUAUGUUAAGCAAUCAGUGAAGAGCACAUGCACAUCUGUCAUAAAUCUAUACUAUGUUGGGGGGUUACAUAAAGACAUAAAAAUGGACCAAAUUAAAAUUCAGACUAAAAGAAAACAAAGCAAAGCCAUUCAUACAUUUAAAAUAAUUUCUGGAUCAUUUUGUGCCAAUUUUAAAGAAAAAUUUUCAUUCCCACAGAAAUAAGUGAUCUUAGAUGUUUGACAAUGAUUGAAUAUUAACUCCAACAUGCUACCUUAAGCCAUUAUGCUCUUAGAAUCAUUAAUCUGUAUGCAAACCUUGUUAGUCAUUGCAGAUUUUAAAGUGAACCUGGUUUACAUUGACAGUUUUCAGGCUUUUGUAACUGUUGCAUGAAAAUCUUUAAAGACUGUUAGAGCUUUUUAAAGAGGUCUGUUUUAAGUUUGAGGUAAAUGAGUAGGUAUUAUGUUUACACUGGUCAGGUUCACACAUUCAGAUCACAGAUGAGGGCAAAAAGCAUUUUAUGUAAAACAUAACAGUGACCUCUUCUGGUAAAUUUUCAAAGAAAAUGUUGAAUAUGUUUUAUUUUAAAAGCACUUAUUACUGAAUUUAAGUCUAAGGUGACUGAUUUUUUUUUAUAUAUAUCAAAACAAACCAAAAUAUACCAUUUUUUUUAAAAAAUAAACUUAAUAUUUCUGUGCUGUGCCAAAUAAAAGACAAACCUUUCUCUGGGUGAAUUAAGUGCUCUGUUGUUCAGUGUGACCAAGUUGAGGUUCUCUCAAACACGUCUCUUAAGCAGACCUGCUAAAGCCUUUUUUUCUCUCUCUCAUUUCU